UGUAAAGUGUGUUCUAUUGUAGUGUUUCCCAGAGUGAAUGUGUAUCUGUUAUCCUGUAAUCUGGCCCUCUCCCCCCCUCUCGCUCUCUCUGACCUGUGCUUUUUGUGCGUUCCUGUGACAGACUACUCCACCGGCUUUGGGGGCCGCUAUGGCGUGCAGGCAGAUCGCGUAGAUCAGAGUGCGGUUGGCUUUGAUUACCAGGGCAAAACUGAAAAGCACGAGUCGCAGAAAGAUUAUGCCAAAGGCUUUGGUGGCAAGUUUGGAGUGGAAACUGAUAAAGUGGACAAGAGUGCUGUGGGCUUUGAGUAUCAGGCCAAGACUGAGAAACACGAGUCUCAGAAAGACUAUGUGAAGGGUUUUGGAGGAAAGUUUGGUGUUCAGACCGACCGUCAAGACAAAUCUGCAGUUGGGUGGGAUCACCAGGAGAAACUGCAGCUACAUGAAUCUCAGAAAGAUUACUCCAAGGGAUUUGGAGGGAAAUAUGGUGUGCAAAAGGACCGAAUGGACAAGAGCGCAGGCACAUUUGAGGAGGUGGAGAAGCCAAGCGUGUCGUAUCAGAAGACUCGACCUUUUGAAGCAGCUGGCGGCGGUACCAGCAGCAUUAAAGCACGCUUCGAGAACAUCGCUAAACAGAAAGAAGAGGAUGAUCAGAAGAGAGCUGAAGAAGAGCGUGCUAGACGCCACGCCAAAGAGAAACACGAGCAGGAUGAGGCACGUGACAAACUGAAGGAGGAAUGUGUCAGUGAGACUGUGGAGAACACUGCCAGUGUGUAUGAGGUCGAACCCACUUCAGUAGAAGCAACAGAUGAAGACUUGUACCAGAACUCUGAGCAGAACCAUCAGUACCACACCUCAGAUGAUUAUGGAGCAGAUCUUGGCGUGACGGCUGUGGCUCUGUAUGACUAUCAGGCUGCUGGGGAUGAUGAGAUUUCCUUUGACCCUGACGACAUCAUCACCAACAUAGAAAUGAUCGACGAGGGCUGGUGGCGAGGGGUGUGUCGCGGAGCGUACGGACUCUUCCCGGCCAAUUACGUUGAAGUUCGACAGUAGACUCUUUCCAGUGCAGAGCGUUAACUGAAGAUCACAUCAGCUUCUGCUCGUCUCUAUAGUCUCUUCUUCAUUCCAUACACACACACACACACACACACACACACACACACACAACUGGGGUUUGGUCAGACUUAUUUCAGCCAGAGGAUCAAUGACAUCUGUAAAAAGAUAAAUCUGUGCUGUCCUCUGUCCAUACGAGUGUGUUUCAUUGUUUCUUCACAGUGUUGGUCAAAAGUCUAAAUUAUGUUCAUGUUUGAAACUCUUCAACGGGAAAUUCACUGCCGUUUGGUGGUAAGGAUGCAUAGCUCAAACUCAGCAUCUCGUUUUCUCCUCUCUGGCACACCUCCUGUUGUGUAUUGUGUGUCUCACAUGCUUCUCGUGUCAAUUCUGUUGGUAGAUUUGAUUCCAUCCGAUGCUCACAACAUGAUGAUGAUAGAUUUAUAUCAAUGAGCUGGUGAACUACGACAAUCCAGUUCAGGUGCAGUUGACUUGAAAUGAAGGCUUUGCUGAAACUUACGACAUUAUACGUUUUCAUUUACAGUACAUUAUUUUAGUUAAGUGACCUUUUUAAACAUAUAUUGUCUGUGCUUAUCUACUCUAGCUUUAUCGCCAUGAUUGUUUUAUAAGAAAUGUCAUUUUAAGAAUAAAAAUUGGAAUCUUCAUCUAA